AAAUGUUAGGCAGGCACGGGUCGUGUCUGUGUUGGAAGGCUGAGUGACAUUGAACGACAAGGCCAAUACACUUUCCCACGAGGCAAAAGUAUGCGACAUUGUCCAUGUCCAAACAUGUAUUAACAGGCAAAGGGUCGAGAUAUGGUGUCCUGACCAAAUCAGUAAAGAAAGGAAAGGAAAAUAUCAUCCAUGGAUUCAGACACAGAAACCAUGCUGUCUGACAAAGUGUCAUCGACUGCUUCAGAAAGCAGAAAGAACUCGAAGCCAAUUAUGGAAAAACGACGUCGGGCAAGGAUCAAUGCUAGUCUUGCUGAGUUGAAGUCUCUACUUCUGGAAGUAAUGAAAAAAGAGGGUGCUCGUCAAAACAAAAUGGAAAAAGCUGAUAUUCUCGAGAUAACUGUGAGACAUCUUCGAACAUUACAGAAGCAGCAGUUCUCAGCCCUUGCAACUAGCGAUCCGACUUUGAUCAACAAAUACAGAUUGGGAUUUAACGAAUGUGCAUCUGAGGUCAGUAGCUUUCUUGGCUCUAUGGAGGGACCUGACACAGAAGUAAGGUCGAAGCUCCUUAGCCAUCUCGCUAAUUGCAUGGUUAAUCCAGACCCGCCAUUACAAACGUCACGGAUUCCCUCAUCCCAAUGUUUGGAUAAUCUGAGGUCGUCACCACCUCAAACAACUGUCUUCUGUAAAACUGAAGAUAUUCCAAGCCAUUCUCACCAAAUACCCUUACCGGAGAACAAUGUGGUUCAAAAUGUUAUUCACAAUGGACUACGAACAAAUAUAAUGGAUAAUGGAGUUUUAGCGAUUCAGGCCCAGGAACCGUUUGUCGCUAAUACCUUAAGUGCUGCUCUUCCUACCGCUACUUCCACGGCUGCUUUGUCUGUGCAGGGAUUAAUAAACGGCCAACCCAUUCAGAUCCCUCAAUUUCAGCAGCAACAGCAGCAACAGCAGCAACAGCAGCAACAGCAGCAACAACAACAACAACAACCCAUUCAACAAUUCCAGCCACACAUCAUACAGCAACCGCAACAACAACAACUACAACAGCAACUACAACAACAACAGCAACAACAGGUACACAUUCAGACAAUACAGCCACAGACUACAAUACAACAACCCAGCAUGCAAGUUCCGAAACUUGUCAGCGGUGUGCAACUUAUCCCUACAAAAAUGUCAACAGGAGAGAUGGCCUUCAUUAUUCCUGCUAAUCUCUUGUCCAACGGGAACAUGAAUAACUAUGUCAUUCCGAUGUUACAAUCUCAAGCAGCUUUGACGACGACACAUGUGUCGGCUUCAGUAGCGCCCGUAACUGUAGCUUGUACACAAGCUAUCAACACAGCACAGACCCAAAAUAUCAAUAUUAAACCUGUUCCUACCGUCCUCAGUAUUCCCACCCGGCCCAGGGAACCGGUCCCAGUUUACGGACAGUCUAACACUAAUGACCAGCCAGUGAUAUAUGGCCACGGUGAACCGUUAAGGAGUAGGACAGACGACGGCACUGGUCAGAAUUUAAAUGUCAUCAUAUCACCAAAUAAACAGGAGGAUAUGUGGAGGCCUUGGUGAACUACGCAGCAUUUUACUUUACCUGACUAUACAAUAUGUUAUAAAAUAACAUGUUCAUUUCAUUUCUUAAGAAAAAUGUAUGGAAUGCAAAAUAUAAAAAAAAUAUUAUAAAAUACCAGAUGUUUAGUAAAACCUCAAUCUAUCGUCACUCUUUGCCUGGCCCUUCCACUUAGUGCUUCCGUUUUUAGGAUUUCGUAUUAUUUACAAUAGAUUUAUCUUUAUACGUGUCACUCGAUAUGUUGACAUCACUAUUCGAGUCAGUAUCAUUGUGCUGGCUAAGCAGUGUGGCAGGAUAUUGAAGUUUUACUAUAUUUUAUGCCAUAUUCGACUUGUCUUCCUGUAUCAAAGUAUAUUAUCUUGUGAUGAAUUUUUUGAUACUUCAUUGUUGCUGAUUGUUGAAACAGUACAUUGUCUUCCAUAUGCUAUUAAAUAGCAAGAGAUAUACGUACAAAAUAUUGAUGUGCGUUAUAAUGGAAACAUAUAUACUUAUGGAAAAACAAAGUGUCGAUUUUCUCUAUGUUUUGAAUUAAUUCGAACGAUGUAUGUGAUAGGUUUGUGAUAUAUUUGUGAUUGGAGAACUACUGUGGCUGUGUAACAGGAUUCCUUAUUAUGUAACAUUAAAUCUUCUAUUUUCUACAUAUUUUAUUUAUAGAUUUUAAUAUGCAAUAAAUACAUAUCAAUAAAUCUCAAUUUACUUCA